CGUGGGUGCUGGGAGAAGCAGCAGCAGCCGUUGGGGGGCCGGCAGCGCGGUGGGAGGCGGGCGGCGGGGCCGGGUCCCCACCCGCGUGCAGGCGGCUGCUCCCGCGCCUGCCCUUGUUUGGCCCUGCGGCCGGGGAGGGGGGGGCGGGGGGCGGUGCCGUCCGCGUCAGCGGCGCCCGCGGUGACGGCGACGUGCGGCCCGCGCCACUGCUGCCCGCGGACGCGCGCGGACCCCCGUCGCUCAUGGCCCAGGCGAAGAUCAGCGCCAAGGCCCACGAGGGCCGCUUCUGCCGCUCGUCGUCCAUGGCGGACCGCUCCAGCCGCCUGCUGGAGAGCCUGGACCAGCUGGAGCUCAGGGUGGAAGCUUUGAGAGAUGCUGCUACUGCUGUUGAACAAGAGAAAGAAAUCCUUCUGGAGAUGAUCCACAGUAUCCAGAACAGCCAGGACAUGAGGCAGAUCAGUGAUGGAGAAAGAGAGGAAUUAAACCUGACUGCAAACCGUCUGAUGGGGCGAACCCUCACUGUUGAGGUCUCCGUGGAAACAAUUCGAAACCCCCAGCAGGAGGAAUCCUUAAAGCAUGCCACAAAGAUUAUAGACGAGGUGGUCAGUAAGUUCCUGGAUGACCUAGGAAAUGCCAAGAGUCACUUAAUGUCACUCUACAGCGCGUGCUCAUCUGAGGUGCCGGCUGGGCCGGUUGACCAAAAGUUCCAAUCCAUAGUAAUCGGCUGCGCUCUGGAAGACCAGAAGAAAAUCAAGAGGCGGUUAGAGACUCUCCUGAGGAACAUUGACAACUCUGACAAGGCCAUCAAACUGUUAGAGCACUCUAAAGGAGCUGGCUCCAAAACUCUGCAAACCGCCGACGGCAAAUUCAACUAGUCUUCGAAUCCAGGAGCCCUUAUGAAAGGAAAACAAUUUUAAAUCCCUAGGUCUGUAUGUUAGGCAUGACCACUUACCUGAUACUGAUAAUUAUUUCAGAUGAGGAAGUAUUCCAGUGUCUACAGAUACACAAUAAAACUAGAAGUAUUUCAGUCACCUGCUUUGAAGUUUCGGACAGUAGUCCUGUCUUGAACUGGGCUCCAGCACUGUGUAUUUACCUUCUGAAGAUGCAUACAGAGUGUGUGGGGGACAUUUUAAAAAGGGGCAAAAGUACCACUGCUUUUUCCCUGACCUCAGCACAGACGCACCAGCCCCUGGAGCAGUGAGCUCACACCACACAGUGUGCCUAGAAGGAUAAAAGGAAACACAUCAGAACUCCAUCCUGCAUGUUCUCCGUUUUGGGGGAUCUGUUUCUUUACGCAUCUCAUGACAUAUUUUUAGGUGUGUGGAAGCAUGACAGAAUGUGAAGAAACCGCCCUCAUGUACUGUGAGGCUCCACACGCACCUGGCUGCAGGAGCCUCCCUCCAGGGACGGGCCGAUUGCCUUCUUUACGUCCUGCCUUGAAAUCACGUGUGCAGCAGGAGCACGGUGUGCUUAGCCAGUCACGUCUCCCGUGGACAGUUGGUGGUUUCGACUCGCUAUGACUACAAGAUCUCUGUCCACAGAGCUUUAUUCUGUUCUUGGUCCUCUGUGUAAAAUUCCAUCGAUGGGUUCAUGGCCCCGAAACAUGUUUCUAAGUUUUUGUAAGUUAUAUCAGUUUGUACUGUCUUCAGUAAUUAAAAGAAUCCAUUUCACCCA